AUGCUGAAAUGGGCAAUUGAGCUAAAUGCAUUUGAUAUCUCAUACGAGCCUCGAAAAGCUAUCAAGGGACAAGCAUUUGCUGAUUUCAUUGCAGAAAUGACGAGGCCGAAUUUUGAAAAGAAUGUGACGACUCGCUGGACAGUCUAUGUAGAUGGCUCGUCAACCCAGAACGGGUGUGGAGCCGGCAUAAUAUGUCAGUCUCCUGAAGGAGACAAGUAUGAAUAUGCCAUGAGAUUCAACUUCCAAACUUCCAACAAUGAAGCAGAGUAUGAGGCUUUGUUAGCCGGUAUAAAAAUGUGCAAAGCCGCUGGAGCUCAAGAGAUACUCGCCUUCUCUGACUCUCAGCUCAUUGUGAGCCAAGUAUGUGGGGACUAUGAGGCAAGGGACCCUAACAUGAUCAAAUAUAUGCAGGCAGUGCAUCAAGAAGUAGAACAUCUAAAGAGCUUCGAAGCUAAGCAGAUUCCCAGAACGGAGAACAAUCAGGCCGAUGCCCUGUCGAAACUAGCUAGCUCGGCUUCUUGUGAUACUCCGCGUCACGUGUUUUGGGAAGUGAAGGAUAAGCGAAGUAUUGAGCAGGAAUUGUGCGCUCCUAUAGUAGCUGUCCUGGAUCGGUCGUCAACAUGGAUGGACCCUAUCAUUGCUUACAAAAUGGACGGUACGCUUCCAGACGAUUCAAGUCUGGCCACCAAAAUACAAAAGAAGAGUUCUUGGUCCCACAUUGGAGGACGAGCCCUAGCAGAGAAAGCUUUGCGAACUGGUUAUUACUGGCCCACUUUGAGAGAAGACGCCCUAGCCAUGGUGCAAAAAUGUGACAAGUGCCAACGGUUUGCUCAUCUCAUCCACAGGUCGGCCCAGCCACUCACUCCUAUUAUGAGUCCCAUUCCGUUUGCCAAGUGGGGGAUGGACCUGUUAGGGCCAUAUACAGCGGCCCCUGGAGGCCGGCGCUAUGUGAUAGUUGCUGUUGAUUACUUUACCAAGUGGGUUGAAGCAGAAGCUCUCAAGAACAUAAAGACAAGUGAUUUUGAGACGCCUAAACUGAAGGAGUGGUUAGCAGAUCACGGCAUACACAGCUGUUUUGCCUCAGUAGGACGACCUCAAGCCAAUGGCCAAGUCGAAGCAUUUAACAAGAUCAUCUCUGAGGGGAUAAAGAAGAAACUAGAUGAGGCCAAGGGUCUAUGGGCUGAUGAGCUGCCAAACGUCUUGUGGGCCAUCCGCACCAUGGCCAAAAACUCAACCGGCGAAACCCCAUUCCUGUUAGCCUAUGGUGCGGAGGCCGUGUUGCCCAUAGAAGUGUGUGAACCUACACUAAGAGUCAUGCUAUAUGACGAGAAUGCCAACUGGGAAAUGAUAAAGCUGGCCCUUGACUUUUUACCUGAAGUGAGAGGAAAUGCAGCAUUGAGGCAACAACUGUACAAGAUAAGGAUGACAACGGCCGCUAAUGGUCCUAAUGGAGUAGUAGUCUCUCUUGUAACCGGCUAA